AUGCAGUUGCGCCUCUCUACACUGCUCGCCCUCGUCCCCGCCCUUACCACGAGCCUAGCGGCAAGCGUCCCCCUCAGACGCCAGGCCGUCGUAGCCGCGCACGGCUCGAUCUCCCUCCCAGGCACGUAUGACGCUAUCGCGCCGGGUGCGACGUUCGACUUCGGCUUCGACUCGGUCAACUACUGUGAGUCGGGCUACGAGCCCGUCACCAUCUGGUUGCUCGAAACGCCGCCCACCGUCGAGGACAUGACCACCAAUGGCACGUUCGCCACGGGCACCUAUCUGUUCGAGUUCGGCGAAUGGUUGGUUCCUAACUUUGGGCUCCCCGAACAAGACCCUCCGCCGCCGCCUUCUAGCCUGGCAAUGCCGGACUUCUCGACACAGGAAUAUGGCUCUCUGUUCUUCUCGAACGCGACCUUUUAUCUGACAGUGGUCGAGACGUACCUGGAUUGUCCCGGCAACGUCGCGAAGGAGUACGGCGUCACGUCCACCCCCGUCAUCUAUAACGCGACGUCAAGUCUUUGACCGUGUCUGAAUCUCAUUGAGAGAUGCAGUUUUAUGGACAUUUCCUUUCCCCCUAUGCAAAAGGCUAUGGGCGUCGGGUGCCUCGUGCUUAACGGAUCAAAAGCGACUUGUUACUUUAUUCGGUCCUAUCAGUGGAAGGUUAUAGAUAUCCUUUUGUAUAGACGAUCUACUUCUACGAUAUUCGCGGUACCCAGCUACCAUAUGGGAAUGGCAUAGACUUUGCAGAU